UUAAGACUGCAUGUGAUGCACGAGAGAGAGAGAGAGAGAGAGAGAGAGAGAGAGAGAGAGCAAUCACAUUCACUGGGAGGAUUUUGGUGAUGCGCUGUUCAUUUCAGCACCACAAACCUCCAUCUGAGAGCAGAAAGAAGAUGCUUCUGAAGACGUGAGAGUUUUGGAGCUUGAUGUUGAAAGGCACUUCUCGUCUGGCGUUUUUGCAUUUCCUUAUAUCACCCGUCACAUGACAUGUACACCAGCCGUUUGUGCCCCAUGAGAAGUUCCUGUGGCCUAAAUGGUCAAGGUGCUCGACUUCAACUUUGAAAUGGGCAUGGAUGUUCCUGUCCACCUGCUGCUGCCCCGUUAGUCCUCAAUCCCAUCUCCUGGAAUUUUCGGACCUACCCUUUCUCACAUAACAACCCUGUGGAUAUGGAUCUUGUACGCUCAAGUCGGACUCAAUACCAGCUCCUCUUCUUCCUCUGCUACUGGUUACCGGUCUCCCUCCAGCGAGUGGAGACGCCACCCAUUGAGUAUGCCCACUCUAUCCGUCUGGAUGGCGACAUCAUCUUGGGUGGCCUGUUUCCGGUUCAUUCCCGGGGUGAGCGUGGCGUUCCCUGCGGGGAAUUAAAGAAGGAGAAGGGUAUUCACAGACUGGAGGCAAUGCUGUUUGCCAUCGACCUUAUCAACAAAGACCCAGAGCUGCUACCCAACGUGACACUGGGCGCCCGUAUCCUGGACACCUGCUCACGGGACACCUACGCGUUGGAGCAGUCACUUACCUUUGUGCAAGCUCUCAUUGAGCGCGAUGGCUCGGAUGUACGCUGUGCUAAUGGAGACCAGCCCAUAUUUGCCAAGCCAGACAAAAUCGUUGGAGUCAUUGGUGCAGCCGCCAGCUCUGUCUCCAUCAUGGUCGCCAACAUCUUGAGGCUUUUUAAGAUUCCUCAGAUCAGCUAUGCAUCCACAGCUCCGGAGCUGAGCGACAACACUCGCUAUGACUUUUUUUCCCGUGUUGUUCCACCGGAUUCCUACCAGGCGCAGGCCAUGCUGGAUAUUGUCACGGCGAUGGGCUGGAACUAUGUUUCCACACUGGCCUCGGAAGGGAACUACGGGGAAAGUGGCGUGGAAGCGUUCGUGCAGAUCUCUCGAGAGAUGGGUGGCGUGUGUAUCGCUCAGUCUCUGAAGAUCCCUCGGGAACCCAGGCCUGGGGAAUUCGACAAGAUAAUCCGCCGCCUCCUGGAGACCCCCAACGCCCGGGCCGUCAUCAUGUUCGCAAACGAGGAUGAUAUCAGACGAGUGCUGGAUUCUGCUAGGAGGAGCAACCAGACGGGUCACUUCCUGUGGGUGGGGUCUGACAGCUGGGGUGCCAAGAUCUCACCGGUGAUUCAGCAGGAGAGAGUGGCAGAAGGAGCCAUAACCAUCCUGCCCAAACGAGCCACGGUGGAGGCGUUCGAUCGCUACUUCCGUAGCCGCUCGCUCUCCAACAACAGAAGGAAUGUGUGGUUUGCGGAAUUCUGGGAGGAGAACUUUGGAUGCAAGCUGGGGAUGCAUGGAAAACGGCCAGGAAGCCUUAAAAAGUGCACCGGUCUGGAGAAGGUCGGCCGUGACUCCAGUUACGAGCAGGAAGGGAAGGUGCAGUUUGUGAUGGAUGCGGUUUAUGCAAUGGCACACGCGCUGCACCGCAUGCACAGGGAUUACUGCUUCGGAUACCCCGGCCUCUGCACCCGCAUGAGCAAUAUCAAUGGAAAGGAGCUCCUGGGAUACAUCCGGAGCGUUAAUUUCAAUGGAAGUGCAGGGACUCCGGUGGUCUUCAAUCAGAACGGAGAUGCGCCAGGACGAUACGACAUCUUCCAGUAUCAGAUCACUAACAAAUCGACAGCUGAGUACAAAGUGAUCGGCCAGUGGACAAACAAACUGCAUCUUAAUGUGGGUGCCAUGCACUGGCGGACAGGCGACCCCACACUUCCCGUCUCGGUGUGUAGUGUGCCUUGCCAAAUGGGUGAAAGGAAGAAGAUCGUGAAGGGUGUACCCUGCUGUUGGCACUGCGAGCGAUGUGAAGGCUACCACUUCCAGGCCAGCGAGUUCAGCUGCGAGCUUUGUCCGUAUGAGCAGCGUCCAGACCGCAAUCGCACCGGCUGCAUCCCCAUCCCGAUUAUCAAACUCGAGUGGCACUCGGCUUGGGCGGCCGUGCCAGUGUUUGUUGCAGUUCUUGGCAUCCUGGCUACAAGUUUUGUGGUGGUCACUUUCGUCCGUUACAAUGACACGCCCAUCGUCCGUGCAUCCGGACGAGAGAUGAGCUACGUGCUGCUGACGGGCAUUUUUUUGUGCUAUGCCAUCACCUUCUUGAUGAUCGCCACGCCGACUUUGGCUGUCUGCUCCUUCCGGCGUGUGUUCCUAGGUUUGGGCAUGUGCUUCAGCUACGCGGCUCUGUUAACCAAGACCAACCGCAUCCAUCGCAUCUUCGAACAAGGCAAGAAGUCGGUGGCCGCACCGCGCUUCAUCAGCCCCGCUUCCCAGCUGGUCAUCACCUUCAGCCUGAUCUCAGUGCAGCUGCUCGGCGUGUUCGUGUGGUUCGCCGUUGAUCCGCCUCACACGGUCGUGGACUACGGCGAGCAGCGCACGUCCGACCCAGUGAAGGCCCGCGGGGUUCUCAAGUGCGACAUCUCGGACCUGUCGCUCAUCUGUUCGCUGGGCUACAGCAUCCUCUUGAUGGUCACAUGCACUGUUUAUGCCAUCAAGACCCGCGGUGUGCCAGAGACCUUCAACGAGGCCAAGCCAAUUGGAUUUACUAUGUACACUACCUGCAUCAUUUGGUUAGCUUUUAUACCCAUCUUCUUUGGCACCGCACAAUCGGCAGAAAGGAUGUACAUCCAGACGACCACCCUCACCAUCUCCCUCAGCCUCAGCGCGUCUGUGUCUCUGGGAAUGCUCUACAUGCCCAAGGUCUAUAUCAUCAUCUUCCACCCGGAGCAGAACGUGCCCAAACGCAAGCGCAGCUUCAAAGCUAUCGUCACUGCCGCCACCAUGUCAGGAAAACUAGUGCAGAAGGGAAGCGACCGGCCCAACGGAGAAGUGAAGACCGAGCUUUGUGAGAGCAUGGAGACCAACACAGCAUCAUCCACCAAGACAACAUACGUCAGCUACAGCAAUCACGCCAUCUGAAGAGGGACCCUCUCUGUGGGCGGAGCUGAGGGCGGGGCCCUGUCUGAAGCAGGACGUCUGUCAUGUGACAUGCGCUGACAGGCAAAUGGACCAGAAACGGGCAUCUGAGCAUGAGAUUUUUAUACCGUUCUGCAUCAAUCUAAAACCCGCAGCAUCCUGGGAGACGAACAGACUUACGGGACCUUCCAGUGAGACUGCUAUCCUGCGUUCAAGAGCUACCGAUCCUGCCAUGAACACACGUGAACACGCACACACUCACAAAACUGAAGGUGCAGGCUUGCAGUCAUACGAAAAAAUAACUUUCCACAAAAAAUCGUGUAAGCAUUCUGCAGAUGGAAACAUUCACGGUAAACUUUGGAAAUGUGGAUGUAAAAAAAAGAGAAAAUAUAUGAAAACUACCAGAGUCAAACUAUGUUUGUUGUUAUUGUAUUUUUGUGGUUGUGCAGAUUUUUUCAUUCUUGUCCCACUUUGUCAGAAACCUGCAUUCUGAGAUGACGUGUCUUGUAUUGGCUGACUGAACCGUAACCGCGGGGUUGUGAAGCUGUAAAAUGCCAUGGUUGAAGCAUGCUAGUUUUUAUACCAAAAAAAAAAUGAAGAUUUAUUUAUAAUAAAGGAAUGUUUUGCAAAUGUG